GUCCACUUUGUCGUGGUCCAGGAACUACCUGCGCUCGUCCACAACUCAAGUCUGAUGACUGGAGUUCCAAGAGAUAUGUAUGUGGACAACUGCUAAGGCGACGCUUGGCCGACGGAGCGCCUUUAACCCCCCGAUGGCCACACCACAGAAUUUUAGAUAUGCACCUCCUUGCUACCCAUACACGCCGCCGCUAACGAUAGCCUCGUCGUCUUACUCGUACAACACCAUGUCCCAACCUUAACGACCACCUGAUUCAAACGUGCCACGCGGGGCUCCAAGGGCUUGCGCUUUGACUCACACUGCCGCGUGCUAUUUUACUCCAAGGAGCGAUUAGAAGGGUCUGGCUAUCCUAGACACUCGCGACCAGUGAACUGGGUACGGGAUUGUGGAUGGGAUACCAGCAGUGGGGAUGAUAAAUUUGAGCUUGCUAUGAUGUUUAAAUAAUGUAACCCAUUGUACACGCCUGUUAUAUGCCAACGGGCGUAGACACGGACGUUAGGAUAAUGGCAUCACCAUCAUGCUCCCUUCCUCCCAUUUUGG